GAGUUUGUUGAACAGAGUGAGAUAGAUAUGUAAACUAUUUAGCAUGUUAUAUUUGCAACGUAUUAAUGCUGGCCUAAAGCUGAUUUGUAGUUAUGCUGUGUGUGUGUGUAAGGCUUAAUAACCAAUAAUGCAAAUACACUAAUAGGAUCUGUGCCGCUGAGUGGAACCAUAAAAAUAGAACAAUCCUUCGAGUAAAGCAGACGUCUCACCCUAUCUCCUCUCUCCAGGCUUCUCUCCAACAGCAAAACCUGCUGCUUCUGUUCUGGAGGUUGAUGCUAUCAUCGUCCUCAAGAGCUUCAGACAGGAUGAGGACUCUGCUUGUUCAAACACUCUGCAUAGCUCUGUUUGAAGUCCUGCUCUCUGCCGCUGACUCUCCCCCGCUGAAUGAGGCCAUGCUGCAGAAGCUGUCCAGUGCAGGGGAGCAGUAUGUUGAUGAGGAAAUAAAGCAAGCUUUAUUCGGGGUGAAGCAGAUGAAGGAAAUGAUGGAGAAAAAAGAGGAGAAACAUGCGCAUCUCAUGGACGUCCUGAGACACAGCAGUGACAAGAUGAAGGGGGCAUUGCAGCUGGCCCGGGAAACAGAGCAGAAGCUUCAGGAGGCAGAACAGCAGUGCCACGAUUCAGUCAAGACUUCCUUUGAGGAGUGUCGCCCCUGUCUUGAAGACACCUGCAAGACUUUCUAUACCUCCACCUGUCGCCGCGGCUUCUCCUCCUUCUCACUCAAGGUGGAGGAGUUUUUCAGGAGGAUGGCCACUCAGUUGGGAGCUCCAGAGCAGAACGAGGAGAAUCCAGAUCAUUUUAACUCAGUGCUAAACCAGAACCAGAUAACAGAGGGGGCAGCCGAUCUGGAGCUGCUGCAGGCAGAGGCAUCCUUCAGCCAGCUGCUGUCCAACAUCAGCGUCCUGUACAACCAAAGCGUGGUUUUGGUGAAGAGGAUGCAGGAGGUAUUUGGACGUUCCUUCCUAGUGGCCUUCACAGCAGAGCUGAAGCCCAAGCCUCUGUCCUCAACGCAGGAAGGCUGGAGAGCAGGCUUGUUCAGGGCUACCGAUCUGGAUCAUGUCUUUGAUUCAGUGUAUAACUUUGGGAGGACUGUGCUGGAAGAAUUCAGCUCCACAGUCGCUGAUGUGUUUGAGGAGAUACAUGAGGCCGAGGAGGACUAUCAGCAGUCAAGAGGAUCAUUUCCUGAUUCAGGCCAGUUCCCCAGCAGACACCUGUGCAGACAGCUGCGCAGACAACCAUCAGAGUGCUGGCAGCUGCAGGGCCGGUGUGAGAUGUGUGAGGAAUAUCUGUUAACCGAGUGUCCCAGUAUGAGGCAGCUUCACUCUGAGCAGGAAGAGCUCAACCUGCUGCUGAACGCCUCCCGUCAGCAGUAUGAGGGCCGGCUGCAGCUGGUCCAGAGGCACACGGCAGACACACAGAGAUGGCUCAGGAACAUGGAGGAACAGUACGGCUGGGUCAGCCAGCUGUCCAACAGCUCCCUGGACCCACACAACAUCUUCACUGUGAUCACGGUGACGCCGCAGCAACAGAUAUCACAGAAUAACAGAUCCAAAGCGGACACCAGCGUGGUCGUUACCAUACUGGACGCUGCCCCGGUAACCCUGUCAGUGCCAGCCGAGCUAGACGUAGGUGACCCUGCCUUCAUCCAGUUUGUAGCCCAAGAGGCUUUGGCACUCCAUAAACGGCGAAUAAGAGGCACUGGCCCGGGCGGUGCUGUGGUUUAGUGCAUUAUUUGGCUCCCAGCCUCAUCAGGCCAAAUGAAACAGUCUGACACAAUCCAUACUUCUUGUUGUUAUUGGUAUAACUUAAGAAGCCAUCAUUGGAAGACAUAGACAUAGUUCACAGAACCAAUAUUUCUUGUAGAUCUGGGAAUAUUUAAGCAUUUUGGCCACCUCUGUUUCGGGCGUAUACUCUUCUUCAAUACAUAUGCGUAUAAAUAAAGUUCCCUAGCAGAAGCUUGGCUUGUCCAGCUCACAUACAUAAUCUAUUUUAAUAUUUCAUUUAUAGGCCUAUAAGCUUUGUUAUUUUUUUUCUUUCUGAUUUGCUUUACUUUUUCAUUAUUAUUUUUUAUUGUAUCCAUUUUCAUACAAAAAUUGUAUAACAUGAAUAUGUCAGCUGCACCCUUACAAUGCUAAAUAAAGUCACUUCCUGUCUCAGUUUUCCCGACCUGAACAACUCAAUAUAAAUUCAUAUUUCUAAAAGUUUUGUGAAAAUGCACAGUAUAGCAACCUGAUCUCUGCAGCCUUUGCACUCACCACUUAUAUCAUUUCACGUUAUGUGUUUAUUUAUUUACUUAUUUCUUUAAGCAUGAAGCAUUUGUGCAAUAAAACUGUGUGCUUAA